UGCCUCCUCUCAAUCAUCAACGUAGCCUAGCUUAGCGAAAUGGGGGCUCAGUCCCUUUGCCGUAGAGUCCUUCUGGGAUUCUUGCUGUCAUUGUUUAUUGCAGGUUUUUGCUAUGGUACUGAUGAGAGCACAGUCCGGGUGGUUGGGUUUGGAGAAUGUGCAGAUUGUAAGGAGAAUAACAUUAAGACCAGUCAGGCAUUUUCAGGGCUUCGUGUAACUAUUGAUUGCAAGCUCGAGAAUGGAGAGAUGCAAAGAAAGGGAGUUGGAGAGCUAGAUAAAGAUGGUAAGUUUGAGGUGUCAUUGCCUAAGGAAAUAGUGAAGGAAGAAUGCUAUGCACAGCUCCACAGUGCAUCUGCUGCACCUUGCCCUGCGCACAAUGGCAUUCAGGCCUCCAAGAUUGUUGCUAAAAGGGAUGGAAAGCAUGCGUUGGAACCAGCUGGGAAUCUGAAAUUCUCAACAGCUGUUUGCCAAUCGGCUUUCUUGUGGCCACACCCCAAGCUGCCACCCUUCCCUAAGUUGCAUCCAUGGAAGAAGCAUUUCCCUAACCUUCCACCCCUCCCACCAUUGAAGCACUUUGGCCACCCUUUCCCUAUUCCACCAAUUAGCAUUCCACCCAUCAAGCCACUCCCACCCAAGCCACCAAUUUACUUUCCACCCAUCAAGCCACUCCCACCCAAACCACCGGUUUACAUUCCACCAAUAAAGCCACUCCCACCCAAGGCACCAGUUUACGUUCCACCAGUAAAGCCACUCCCACCCCCUGUCCCCAUCUACAAGCCUAAGCCUAAGCCACCAGUUUACGUUCCACCAGUAAAGCCACUCCCACCCCCCGUCCCCAUCUACAAGCCUAAGCCUAAGCCACCGGUUUACGUUCCGCCAGUAAAGCCACUCCCACCUCCCGUUCCCAUUUACAAACCAAAGCCUAAGCCACCGAUUUACGUUCCGCCAGUAAAGCCACUCCCACCUCCCGUUCCCAUUUACAAACCAAAGCCUAAGCCACCGGUUUAUGUUCCACCAGUAAAGCCACUCCCACCUCCCGUCCCCAUCUACAAGCCAAAGCCUAAGCCACCGGUUUACAUUCCUCCGGUAAAGCCACUUCCACCCCCGGUCCCCAUCUACAAGCCAAAACCUAAGCCGCCGGUUUAUGUUCCACCUGUAGUCAAGCCAUGUCCACCCACCGUCCCCAUCUACAAGCCAAAGCCUAAGCCACCCAUUUACAUUCCACCUAUAAAGCCACUCCCACCCCCAGUUCCCAUCUACAAGCCAAAGCCACCAGUUUACAUUCCACCAGUAAAGCCACUUCCACCCCCCGUCCCCAUUUACAAGCCAAAGCCACCAGUUUACAUUCCACCAGUAAAGCCACUUCCACCCCCCGUCCCCAUUUACAAGCCAAAGCCACCGGUUUACAUUCCACCUGUAAAGCCACUUCCACCUCCUGUCCCCAUUUAUAAACCAAAGCCACCAAUUUACAUUCCUCCAAUUGUAAAGCCACUUCCACCUCCCGUUCCUAUCUACAAGCCAAAACCAAAGCCACCAAUUUACAUUCCUCCAAUAGUGAAGCCAUUGCCACCUAUUUACAAGCCAAAACCAAAACCACCUAUUUACAUUCCUCCAAUAAUAGUAAAACCACUUCCACCUCCGAUCCCCAUCUACAAACCCUUGCCUCCAAUAAUAAAGAAACCAUGCCCACCUAAGAUCCCAAGCCUUCCUCCAUUCCACCAUCCACUCCUCCCUCCUCUGCCUCCUCAUAUCCCUCACCCAUAAUAAAAUAGUGGAAUAUAUAUUUCAUGCAAGUAUCAAUAGUCCUGCUGGGUGCAAUGCAUGUAGCAGGCUUCAUUUAUGUUUCUUCAAGCAGUGAUUAGCUAGCUUUGGUUUACGUAGUGAUAAUUUCCGGUUGUGCAAUAAGAGGAACUCAAGGAAUGGACUAUAUGAUUGAUCAAUUAAAGAAUGGAGUGGACGAAAGGCUAGCUAGUGGCUGGAUAUUAUAUUAGUUAAAAUUGCUUUUGUUUAUUUGUGGAAUGAGAUUGUGCCCAUGUUGGUUGGUUGGCGCUGCCCAUGUUUGUAAAUUUCUAUUAAGUGAAUGCUUUUUCAGUGUAUUAUUACCGCAAAUAAUAUACCACUUUCAAUUGAAUUUUAUAUUUAUUCUGUAA